CGUGCUUUCUGUCAUUACCUGUUGCUAUGGUGUAAGAACUGCUGACUCACGCAUUAAGUCAUGGGUAAUAACCUAUUGAUAACGGCAUUAUAGCAAGUAAAUUUAAAAAAAAAAGGAGUGUCACAGGAGUCAGAACUGUGUCUUACCUGUUCCUCGUUGCCAUACCAAGCUGUGUCGCAAACCACACAGUCGACCGACCAUGAAUGUCCGCACAGAGCAAACUUUUCUUUUUCUAGCGUCUGUUUUACUUCUUUGUAUUGCUACAGACCCGCAUGGACAUGCACCUGAUGUCCACACAAAGCUUGGGAGCCUGAGAGGUGAGUAUGUGAGUGUAAAGGGGAAAGACAUUGGAGUCCAUGCCUACCUGGGUGUCCCAUUUGCUAAGCCGCCUGUAGGCCCUGCUCUGAGACUGGCUGCACCUCAACCUGUAGAGGGAUGGGAAGGAGUGAGAAACGCCACCCAGCAGCCGCCCAUGUGUAUUCAAAAUAGGCAGUAUCUCAUAGAUCUGCUUGAUAAACUCAGUGGCAUGUCGGUAGUUGUUCCAGAUAUUUCAGAAGAUUGUCUUUACCUCAACAUUUACACUCCUGCAACCAGAGCUCAUGAUGCCAAACUCCCAGUUAUGGUUUGGAUCCAUGGUGGUGGAUUUGGUAUUGGGUCAGCUUCAAUGUCUGAUGGCUCAGCCUUGGCUGCUUACCAGGACGUGGUUGUAGUUCUAAUCCAGUACCGCUUGGGACUUCUGGGCUUUCUCAGCACAGGAGAUGAACACAUAUCAGGGAACUUUGGUCUUCUGGACCAGGUACAAGCAUUGAGGUGGAUCCAGGAGCACAUUCACAACUUUGGAGGAGACCCAACUUCAGUCACUGUAUUUGGGGAGUCUGCAGGUGGAGUGAGCGUGUCCCUCCUGGUGAGGAUCAAUCUGCUGAUGAAGUAUUGCAAUUAUUUCACUGCAAAGUUGCCACUGUCCACAGAGCCAUUCAUAUGUUGCUUGAAUCAACAGCUUCUCUCACCAAUGUCUGAUGGCCUGCUCCACCAAGCCAUUGCAGAGAGUGGCACUGCUAUAAUGGAUGUGAUCAUGAUAAAUGAUCCUCUACCAACAACGCAGUUCGUGGCAAAUGCAUCUGGAUGUAGCAUCGAAAGCACACAGAAGAUCGCUGAUUGUAUGAGAAACCUCAAUAUUGAUACUAUUGUGACCAUUGGGCAAGAUGCAAAACUACGAUUUAGUGUAACUGUUGAUGGACACUUUCUGACAAGACCCGUGGCUGAGCUGUUCCAAAAACAUGAACUUCUUACUGUACCGUUCAUGACUGGUAUUAACAAUGAUGAAGGGGGCUGGACAUUAGCCGAUGCCUUUGCCCCCCCAAACUGGACAGAGGGAAUGGAUCGGGAGCAGGUUGUGAACAUACUGUCCUUCUUCUUCCCUGAUCCCAAAGAUGCAGUCAUCAGAGAUCUGAUGGUAGAUGAAUAUACUGGAACUGGUGAAGAUCGUGUGAAAAAUAGAGAUGGCUAUACUGAGAUGAUUGGAGACAUCAUGUUCACCAUUCCCGCCAUUAAGACUGCAAAUGUUCACAGAGAUGCAGGCGCCUCCGUGUACCUGUAUGAGUACCAGCAUCCUCCCAAAUUCUUGCAGGCAAAAAGGCCAAGCUUUGUUGGGAGUGACCAUGCAGAUGAAAUCUUUACAGUAUUCGGAUUCUGUUUCACUACCACUCAUGUCAAAUUAGCAGAUGCAUGCCCAGAAGAGGAGGAAGAGUUGAGCAGAACCGUGAUGAGCUACUGGGGCAACUUUGCUCGCACAGGGUCUCCUAAUGGGCACGGCCUUGUCCACUGGCCAAAGUAUGGAGUAGAUGAAGAAUACCUGGCAAUUGAUGUAAAGGAGCAGGUAGUUGGUCAGCACCUGAAGAGGGAUCGCUUUAUCUUCAUGACUCAGACCCUCCCAGAGAAGAUCCAACAGCAUGAAGAGAAGAUGGAUCACAACGAGCUGUAGAGCAUUCACCUCUCAUCUUUCUCUGUUCCAUCAACAUUUUUUUCAUUCCUACAUUAAAGAAUAAGUUCACAUUUAUUCUAAUCUAUGUUAAAACAAGAGUCAGGUGCCUACAUGAACCUUGAAACAUGUUUGACCUAAUUUACGUAACGGUUCUUCCUGUUUAUACUGACCAUGAGAAGAUCAGUUUCUAACAUGAUUUUAAUGUAAGUUAUGGGGGACCAACAGCACUCUACUUCUUCUGUGCUAAAUUGUAUUUAGAAGUGUAAUUAGUAGCUAAUACGAGGCUUUAGCCCUUCAAAUUAGUCAAAUCAAGUGGAUAUCAUCCAAAAUUACAGGUCAUUUUUUAGCACUAAUUUCAAAGUUUUUGAUGCAGUCCUUCCACUGCAACUCAGCAAGGAAAUGCUGUCCAGGGAAAUAAAAAUAAAAAGGAUAUCAAAAAAGAUUGUGGAAAUAUCCACCUGAUUUUUGUAAUCUGUAUAGGAAUGAAGACUGUGAAUUUUGGCUUCCAUCACUUACAUUGACAGCGUUUUAGGAUGCAAUCCUCAAAUGAUCCGUAUGAGCAGGAGGAAUGACUACAGCAAGUCAAAACUCUUCUUCAUCUGACUAUUGUUUUACGAUGGACUAAAACAUUGUGAACCUGUCCUUUAAUGGCAAACUCCAAGAGAGACCAUUUUGGACUUUCUCCAAUAUACAAACUGCAAAUUACACAGAGACAUAGGCUAGCUUGGCAAGUGUUCAGGUUUAAACAAGCUGGUAGAUUUGCAUACCAGUCACAGCUUUUCACGUUGACAACAAUGCAGUAGGUUUACUUUAAAGUUUGUAUAAAUUAAGAAUAAAUGUGUGUUCUGAGUUUGACAUACCACAGAAAAGUGUGUUGUUAACCACCCUGCCAAAUUUGAAUGAUUAAAAAAAAUUCCAAAAAUAUGAAAUCAGCCUCUUUCUCUGCUCCCAAAUGCUGUGAGCCUGCCCACCAAGUUCGCUGAAACCCCGCCCCCUAGCAAGUGUCACCUGUCAAUCAGAGUCACCACCUCUACCAGAAACAUGGAUGCUAGGUCUGAGAACUUUCUGCUGUUAACCCAGGUGCUAGCUAACUGGCUAACUGUAGACUGUAGUAGUAGUAGUGUGCGCUGAAUGUAUUAAUACGUCUACAGCAGUGAUGAACAGUGAUGCAACUGCUUAGCUCAGGAAAAAGUGAAUGAACUACAUAGUAAUUACAAAUAGUUUUUUUUUAUGGAACUCAGAAAAGUGAUUUGUAAUUUCCACCUUUUUAACAAAUUAGAAAUUUGUGUCAUCCUUGUGUUGAAAUAGUUUCCAAAUGAUUUAAUUUGAAUACAAAAUAUCAAUGUGUCCUACAUUAUUGUUGUCAUCAAAGCCUGAGACCUCGGGUUAAUUUUUUAUGUCUAAUUUGUUGGGUCUCUUUAAAAUUAAAACCUGAAGAGUACGGUUUAGAACCUGCUCUAUGUGUAAAGUGCCUUGAGAUGACUUUGUUGUGAUUUGGCGCUAUACAAAUAAAGAUUGAUUGAUUGAU